CAUCACGGCAUGCAACUCAGCUCAGCCGCACUGCUUCUCUCGAUCCAGUCUAGCCGUUCCGCCCUGUCCAACUGGCAACCCAUCCGUUUCCGCCCUUAGCAUCCAUCCAUCGACUGCCCUGCGCUAUUGGAGUAUUGGAGUCAUGUCGCAGAAAAACGCCCAACGCCACAUUUUCCUCCACCGGCCCCCUUCUCUUCUCCUUCUCUUCCACUUCCUCCUCGCGACAUGACCGUUGCUGCUCCUGUUGCUGCUACGAGGAUCCUCGGACGCGAAUAUGACACCGCGUACUCACCACCACGUCCUGAGACUUGCACCUUGAACCGACGUUCUUCUCACCCCGCGCGACAGCUGCUGUGCCACGAUACCACCUGAGUCGAAGCUCCGAGGACCAUCAUUUCUGACCGAGACUUGCCGGCUUGCGACAUCCUGGAGCGACAGUUCAGUUCUUGACGAGCCUCGCAGUCACAUCGCACAUCACACACCACCAAGCAACUCCCCAGUCUACCAGUCACUGUUGAAUCAUCACCAUGUCGGGCCUCCCUCCCGGCUGGGAAUGGGACUAUGAUGGCGCCCGCUGGUUCUACCGCUACAAGCCCAAUGGCCACGUUCAGUUCCACUUCCCAAAAGAGGGCGACGAGUUUCCCGACUUCGUAGACAACUUCGCUCCGGCCCCCGAGCUCGCCCCCGAAGAGAAGCUGGAAAGUCAGCAACAGCUUAAGAGACGCACCACCCUCGAAGUUGACCCAGUAUCCAAGAUGCGCGCCACCGGCGGGCCCCUGAACGACUUUGGCAUGAAUCGAAGUGGCUUCGGAGGGCCUUUAGGCAAGGACGACAACGAGGAUGACUUCUUCUUCCAGCCAGAAAACUUCAUGUAUCUGGGCCCCGGUGCCUACAUCGACGUCAGCCCCGAGGCAGACGAAGACUACCGGGACGGAUCUCCCAAGCGAGCAAACAGAGGUGACGGCCCCGAAAGCAACGCGAAGAACAAUUCAUUACUCGACGCGACUAGCGAGAGGUCGGGUGUGUCGCCUCUCCAGAGCGAGGCCAACACCCCUUCCGUUAUCAACAGCGUGCCGGCGGCGCAAGAUCCAACCGUCGUGCAGGAGCCCGUAGCGGCGCUCCCUCCCGCCGAAUCACCCAUCUUCACCAACGCUCAAGGCCACCCCGUGGCCAUCGAUACCGUUGCGGCUUCUUCUGAUGUUCCCCUGUUAGACUCUGUCGAAAAGCCUCGCCAGGGAUCCGAGCCCUCGUCUGUGUUCCAGCCGCCGCCGUGGGACCCCGUAGGGAUCAUGGCCGAAAUGGCAACAGAGCAUACGGCCCCAGCUCACAUUGAGACCCAUCCUGAUCCCGUAGAAAUGGCAGACAAUGCCGUACUGGCCCCUAUAGAGACGCGGGUCGCCGAAUUUGGCAUUGCUGAAUUGCCUGAACGGACGAGUCCCUCGGACCUCAAGCCGCCAACGCAAUCGACUCACGACCUGCUUCAUCAGACAACUAUGAGCGACAAAGCUCUGUACGGAGCAACCUUUGGGACUGGCUCGAGGCCUCAAACAUCGUCGCCGACUCGCGCGCCGCAAGGCUCAUCGGCGCGAAGCUCUGAGGCUACCGGAGACGACCGCCGACCUGACAAUCCGCCCCCUCAACCAGUAGCUCCUCAACAGAGGCGGAGCACCCCGCCGAGCGGCCAAGACGUGCCUUUCGCGAUCAAGCGGAAGCCUUCGAAUUCAACGGCACGCCAAAGCAAGUAUCAGCCUUACGUCCCUGGGGUAACAAGCAGCGUAACCGCGGCCGAAAUGGGCAGAGAAGCCCCCGACUUCAAGCACCGAAACUAUAGCAACUCUCUAUCAAGAGAAAUGUCGUUGAUGAUGGGGGCCCGUUCCACGAUCGAUCAAACAAGCAUGCCAUCCGUCCUGCAGCCUCCUCAAGUGCCGCCGAAAGUUCCGAUCAACCCUGGCCAGCCCUCGGAUCCUUACACUGCGAAUUCGGUACUGCCGUCGAUGCUCCGAGACGGUGCCCAAGGCCCAAAUACUGCCAUGCCCGUUGUUCCAUACGGGGAGCCGGGAUCGCAGGGCGUCUUGCAACAUGUCCCGUCCGUGUUGAAGCCGGCAAGAGGACAACCGCAAGGUCGACCUCAGCAAUCCGCGCUUCCGCCACCGGCCCCUUGUCUAGAUCUAAGCACUUCCAGACAUGCUGCUCCGGGCCCCUCUCUUCCGGCGCAGCCUACUUCUAAGCCCCCUUCCGCCCGAGUUGUAGAGAAUGCAGUGCACUAUACGGCCUUUCAGCCGGGGCGCGUGCAUCAACAAAAGCCUCAAUCUCCCCAGACAACCCAAUUCUCAGCGUUGCCUCCGCCUGGCAGUAUUCCACAAUCUCUUUCUUCAGCCCGUGGCCCCGAGUGGUCUCUAGGAUCUCGGCCCCAGGCUCACCGAGUCGAAACGACGCCUAUACAGAAGCCUUCGACGGUCCAGCCCCAGCCUUCAUCGCAUCAGGAUAGGACGUCAGCUAGAUCCGCACCGCCUUUGCCCGAUUUCAUGCAGCGCCCCAGGGCGCAAAGCGACGUUCGUCAACAGCGAGGCUCCUCCAGCCAAACUAGGGCCAUGCAGCCGUCCAUCCCGCGUUCGCCGCCGGGCGGUGAAAUGGCACGUCAACAAUCGUAUGCCUCCAGCGAAGUCUCGUCCCUUGGCCCGCCAACGGGAAGCCAGUCUUCCAUGCCUUUACAAACACCUUCGCCUCUAGAGAGCGGUGGAAGACGCUCGUCGUCUGGCUUUUUCCGUGGGAGCAAUGUCGAUUCCUCGUCAUCAAACGACACACCAGGCCCUGCUGGCCAACAUGUUCCCACACGUCCUGCAGGCUCGAGACCCGCAUCCUUCUCUGGUCCAUCUCCAACGACCUUGGUAGAAAAUUUGAGGCAACAGGCAAGCCAGGGUCCUUACCUUCCCACAGUUCCGCAAAAACAUCCAAUCCCCGUGUCGACCACCGAUUUCCAGCAAGCGUCCAGCCAGCAGCUUUCCAGUACCUCGAGCUCGCCAGCAUCCAGUCGCCGCCACUCCUUGCCCUCCGACAGUUUGGGUGGGCCUGGGGCCCAGCCCAGUUCACAAUCAGCAUCACUCGGAUCAUAUGAAGUGUCUGAUCAAGACCAGGGCCAACAGUGGUCAGGUCACGUUGAUGAUAUCACAGAGGUUGCGCAGAACAUUCCAAGGCCGCAAUCAGCGCAUCCCCCACCCACGCAGACAGGAAAGUCCCUUGGGUUGCCGCCGGUCGCGAAAUCCCCCCUCGACCCGCAACCACCAUAUCCAACUAAAACCGACUCUCCAGCAGUCAGGCCUCUGUCAUUGCGCCCAUCACGUCCGACUGUGAUACCGCCGUCGCAAAAUACACGUGGCCCCAUGAGUCCCUCGACCCCUAUCAGAUCCCCAGGCCAUCACUUACAAUCUAUCAAAGAACACACGGAGAACCCUAUGGAUACAGCUGCGACUGCCUCGUUUCCUCGAAGUUCUCGAGAUGCCCGCCGGUCCUCUCAGGGCUCUAGUUUGAACCUGUCGUCUGCAUCUGCUUACCCCUCGUCUGCCGAAUCCGCCCGAGGUUACCUUGUAGAAGAGAUGAUGAACCAGGCUUCCCAGCAGCCGCCGACUGCACAACCAUACUUCUCGAAACUUUCGCAGCCGAUGAGCCCGGUUGGUUUACCGCCGCAUCCUGGCUACUCUCCAGUUGCAGGCAACCCAUUCCAGCCAUACUCGCCAAUAAACGCGAACGGCGCGCCGCUGCAAAGUGUCAGGCGCCCAGGAUCGACGCCGCCAGUCAUGCAGCACGCCGCAAAGGAUAAAGAAAAGGGGGGCUGGCUUUCCAAGCUCAUGAAGGGCAACAAGCAGUCGGUUCUUCAGAAGCCGCCCCCUCCGCAUCAGUUGCAAAAAGCACAGAACUCACCAGAUAUUGCCCCUCCGCCGCCACAGUCGUUCGCCCUUAACAGUCGUGCCGAUCCCCGUCUCUCAAUUCAAGUCGCCAACAAGCCGCCAAGUCCAACAACUGUUGCCAAUACAAAAACAACCCCUAAUUUUGACCAGAUGUCUUUCAUUCCGCCAAAUCUCUCGAUGCCGGUGGGCAAUCAGAGUGUGGCACAAAGCCAAGUCAACGGCAAUCCGCAUCCCCCUUUGAACAACGGCCAAGUUCCACUGGCCCAGGAAACGCUAUCUUUGACUACAGUAUCGUACCCCGAACCACCGUUUGCAGCUCAGCAACAGCAGGCCAUCCGCGAGCAAGUGGAAGAGCAGCCGACGAAUGUUCCAUCAGUCGGGACAUUGCUGCCAGUCGGGCAGUCGGUUGAUAACCAGUCAGAUUCUGCGUCUGUAUCUACUAUGGAUGUAUCAGAAGCACAGGCACAACCAAUACUGAAACCACAACUGGUGACUGUUGAGAGACAUGUCCACGCUCCCCCGACGCAGCAGCAGGGUCCGUCAAGCGCGGCCGUCAACCCAGCGCAGACCCCUCAACGGCCACCACCCCCAGUGCAGAGACACAACGAGGGUACACUUCCAGUGAAUGAAGAGCUUGUUGUAGCGCCGCUCUUCUCGAAAGCACAGUCAAAACAUGCUCCUGAUGUCGCCCCGGCCACUAAAGGGCCUGGUCUACAAGACAAAUGGGCUAAAAAGCCUGUGGUCGACUAUUCGGGAGAUGACUGGGGUGACGAUCCGUGGGACUAUCAGUGACAGUCAUUGGAAACUCCAACCGCUUUGUGUUGAUGUUGAACUAGUCAGAGAUCCUUGGGUGAAUGAAGGAGGUAGCGGCUUGCCUCCUCCAGCAGCUUGCCUCCUCCAGCAGCUUGCACGGAUUUUAACUACAAAAAUAAAUUGUACCAGCUGAUUGCGGCC